GGGGAAUUUGUUAAAGUCAGAAAAAGAGAUUUAGAGAGGUUGACGACGGAAGUGAUGCAGUUGCAUGACAUUUUGCCCAAAGUGGUGAACGGAGAUGUCUUAGAGAGCUUUCAGAGGUUAGAUGCUGCUGAAACAACCAUAGAAAGAAAAGAUAUUGAACUAGAACAGUUGAGAAUGGAUUGUGAACACUAUAAAGCCCGUUUAGAAGCAGCUCAAGCAGAUUGCAUGAAAGAGAGAAAGGAAAAAUUAACAGCUCGACAACAGUUGAAUGAGGCAAAGCAACAAUUAUUACAACAAGCUGAAUACUGUACAGAAAUGGGUGCUGCAGUGUGCACAUUGUUAUGGAGUGUCUCUAGCAAUGAAGAAACAGUUAAAAAUAUUCUAGGCAGUAGUAAAGCUGUGAAGUUCUUUAAUAUUGCUGGGCAAACCAUAGAAAGUUUUGUAAGAUCAUUAAGUGAAGAUAUCAAACAGCAAAAUAUGGAUUCUGAUGAAAGUCAGUUUGUAUUAGGUUUGGCAGGGAUUGUUACAAAUAUUGCUGCUUUAGCAUGCGGCCGUGAAUUCCUGAUUAAUUCAAGUCAAGUUUUGUUGGACACAAUGAUGCAACUUUUAGGAGACAUGAAGCCAGGAUGCUGUACCAAGCUGAAAGUGCUGAUGCUGAUGUCCUUAUACAACGUAAGUAUUAAUGUGAAAGGCUUGAAGUACAUCAGUGAAAACUCAGGAUUCUUCCCAUUACUUUGGUGGCUCCUGAAUGAUCCAGAUGCUGAGGUUUGCCUUCAUGUAUUACGUCUUCUCCAGUCUGUAAUUUUAGAGCCAGAGGUUUUAACCAAGUCAUCUCCUGAAAUGCGUGAGUCCUUGCCACUUCCACGUAUCCAUAUGCUAUCAAAGAGCCGCAAUGCAGAUCUGAGAAUCCUGGCUCAAGAACUGUUGGAGGACCUUAAAGCUUUAGAGUAUGAAAUAUAAGGUUAUGUUCUUGUCAUUUCAAUAAUGCUAUAUAUGUAUUUAGAAAAGUCAUUUUUUGUAAUUAAAUAUGUGUGUGGCUAGUGUGCCUAUGCAGAAAAAAGUUGUCAUAGGUGUACAGAGCAGGCUUCAAGAUAUCCAUGCUAGCUAUGUACAAAACACUCACAAAUAAUGACUAUGUAAAGUUUAAUGCUAGUUGAAAUUGAAAACAACUGACAGCCAAAUCUUAUGACUUUUCUAGUCCACAUUAAUAUUUUGGAGUGGAGCACAAUCACAUGCUUUUAAAAAAUCCUCAUUCUUCUUUAUUCACAGCAGCCUUCCUCAUAUACUAAUUAAAUGAGCUUAAGAAUGAGCUCAACUUUUCUGUCUAUGCAAAAAUAAAUGCUUGUUAAAUAUCUGGGAAAGAAAGAAAAACUCUGAUACUUGGCUCCAGGGAACCCAAACAAAAUGCAGUCAUGGUGCCUUUCCUCUAUUGUUGGCUUCCAGCCACACCCUGACCAAGAAAACACAAGCAUACUUCUGCCCAGUUGCUUUCUGUGUUACCCUGGGCAGGUCAGGGCAGUAGAAGUGAUGGUGACCAGCAGUUCACAUACAACUCUGGACUCUGUAAUGUGCUUCUGCCACCAUCACCCACCUGGAAUAGCAUGGCUAGAAGUGUUUCUCCACCAUACUAUCCUACCAAAGUAUUUUCUCCUCAGUGUCUUGUCUAUUCCAUCUGUCUACGUGCACCAUAGCAGACAGAGCCUUUGGUGCAAAAAGGAACGGGAUGGCCUAACCUCGGCACAGUUAACUUGGGUAACUUCUAAAAAAUAUUGGUAACUAAAAAUAAAAUAAAAGGGGCAGCAUCCAUUCUGGUGACCCCUGACUUUUUCUUUGAGUCUGAUGAGUGCUGAUACUGAUUAUCAGCAGGAUUAAAUUUUUAAAAAACAAGUUAUAUUGUGAGUGACAUUUCAAAAAGAUGAUUGGUUUAAAAGGUUAAGGUUUGUAACUAGGUCUUGAUAGAAUGAGUAGAGAAUGACUCAUUCCUAUCCUAAAGUUAUAGUUGUGGUAAACCUUUCUAUGAUCCAUGGUAAUCCAUUGUGUAUAGCGGAGAGCAUAUUUUCAGUAGCUUGUUUUCCUGUCUGCGCCCAAAAGUUAUCCUUGCAAUGAGAACAGUUACUUUUGCAGGUUGCAGACCCAGUUUGGCCAGAAUAGUGUAGAAAUGCUACCAUCUAUUUUGCCUGAUUUGUUUUCACAACAAUGAAAUGUAAAUUCUCCAAAUAGAAGGAUGAAUAUUAAAGAGAGUUGAUAACCACUCCCUUUAAACUAGUGCCAUUCCUUCUUGUGCUUGUUUUAUUUGGUGAGGGUAUACACAUGUGGAGAACAAGAGAAAUCCCAUAAUUGUAAGCCAUGGGAAUGAAGAUUAAAUACCAGAAAAAAAUUCUUUUUUUUGUACCGUUGCUCUUUCCUAGAUGAGGAAUCA